GAGAGGCAGCGAAAAAGCGCAACAGGCACUCAGAGCACGAUCCCGACGCCGAUAGCCCACGCGAGACCUCCAGAUCGAGGUCGAGGAGGAAAAUCCUCGAGGGAGAAGAAAGGAAGAACGCGUAUACCGAAACCGAGGCUUCCAGCAGUAAGGGUGGAACGAGGCCGAAUAUCGAUGAAGACGUUUUCGUGGAAGUGGACUUGUCGCGUCCUUUGGAAAGAGACGAGAAUCGUCAGAGGGGAGUGGUCAAUCGAGGAUACGAACAUUCGGAAGUGGAAUUGCGACAAAAGAAACACGAACCAGAGGCUCGAGAUGUGAGUUGGCGGAACGGGAUCGUGAAUCCACUCCACGAACCAGGCGAGAUGACGUAUAGAGCCCGAGAAUUAAAUAGGGUGCCCGAUCCUCGAUCGACUCUCUGUCAACGGACGGAUAUGCUGCUCGGCGUUAUGGACACCACAAGGUCUCUCGCUCAGACGGACAAUUUCGUCUUUGAGAACCCCAAGGGUGGACGAAUUUCAGCUCAUAUAGCGGCGGCUGCAUCUUCGCUUGAAGCCGUAAUGGGACUCGUGGUCGGCACGUUCCUGCUGAUAGACGCUGAGAACCAGAAAAUCGUGGAUCACAAGCCGUACAUUGUCUACACAUAUUUGAUCCUCCAUGGCUUGGCUCUUCUGUCGAGCGGUCUGCUCAUCUGGGCCAACAAGAGAGGUCAAUUAGACUUGAUCGUUGCCUGGAUAGCAAUUCAGAUUUGUACAGGAGUCGUUUUCAUCUGCGGGACCCUCGUUUUCCUGGUGAUCGAGUUGAGCGCGAGCGUCCCGUUAGAGGACUUCAUACUUGGCGUCCCUUUCAUCUACUUCAGUUCAGCGUUGUUUAUUUUCAUCGUGAUUAAAGUAUGUUGGCAAGGUGCUCACAGUGUCAGCCGUCAUUUUGAGAUAUCGGAAGUUGACCUGGAUGCCGAAACUGGUGAGUUCAUGGGUAUCGGCUGGAGACACAGUGUAGAAGCCAUUUCCAAGGCAGUUGAGAGUCUAGCGCGGGAGCUCAUCGCAUCGAGCAAGGGCUCGGCUGGGCAGAAGGCUUCCCUCAUGAUGGACGUGAAGGGAUCAGCGGACUGA